GCAGGACCACCAAUGUCGUUAUCGGAUGCUGCAAUGAAGCGACAAAGUCCAGAUAUCACCACUCAAGGAAAUGAAGAUAAAAGAGAUGAUCAACUUCACAAUCCACACAGCACUGUUCCAAUGAAUGCUAACAAUGACACUCCCAUGUUGCAAAGCCCCAAGUCAGCAUCGAAGAGCCCUUUUGAAGAGGAAGAUAGACUCAGUGAAUCAGAGGAGACACCAGUGCAGCUGUGUGCCACAGAUGAAGACAGAAAGAUGCCAGCCAGACCAACUCCGGGGCCUGACGGCCUGGAUAUCGGUUCAAUGCAAUCUACUUCUACUGCCAACAGGGAACAGAAUCAACAAUAUUCAUUCCUCACAUCAGCCUAUGUGCAAAAUCUCGCUGAGAUAUGCCACACCAUCUUGGAAGACAGGCAUGGCGAGUGGGAAUGA